AUGCCUGAAUUUCAGCCCGCUGAUCAUGAAGCAGAAAACCUCAGUAAUGAGUGCCAGGAACUCCUUCUUUCUCUCCCCAAAGAAAGAGGCUGGGUAGCCCUUCCCCAAUAUCUAUACCAAGGCUUCUGGUGCCCAACACCAGAAGUACUCCAAGCCAUUAUCGCUUUCCAAAAACACUUCCAAGCUAGGGACUCCGACAUAGUUGUGGCCAGCUUACCCAAAUGCGGCACCACAUGGUUGAAAGCCUUAACUUUUGCUGUUGUGAAUCGACACCGUUUCGCUAUAGAGACCCAUCCCUUGCUCACAUCCAACUCUCAUAAGCUUGUACCAUACUUCACAAUGGAUCUCUAUAUAAACAACCGAGUUCCUGAUUUCUCAUCCAAGUACUUUCCUGAGCCUAGGCUCUUUGGGACUCAUCUUCCUUAUCCUUCUUUGGGUUCAGUCAAAGAGUCCAAUUGUAAGAUCAUUUAUACUUGUAGAAACCCAUUCGACUCAUUUGUUUCUACUUGGCAUUUCAUUAACAAAGCCAGGCCACAAUCUUUAGGGCCAUUGUCCCUUGAUGAGGCAUUUGAUAGGUAUUGCCAAGGCAUGGAUGGAUGGGGUCCAUUUUGGGAUCACAUUUUGGGUUACUGGAAAGAGAGUUUGAAGAGACCUAACAAUGUGUUGUUCUUGAAGUACGAGGACAUGAAGAAAGAUGUUGUAUCUCACUUGAAAAAAUUGGCCGAGUUUAUAGACUGCCCUUUCAGCGAGGAGGAGGAGAGAAACGGUGUCAUUGAAGCCAUCGCAAAGCUAUGUUCUUUUGACACCAUGAAAAAGUUGGAGAUCAACAAAACUGGAAAGUUGGUCAUGGAUAUGGAGAACAGGAGCUUGUUCAGAAAAGCUGAGGUGGGAGAUUGGGUUAACUGUUUCACCCCUGAGAUGGAGGAGAGAAUGUCCAAAGUCAUAGAAGAAAAGUUUGGUGGUUCAGGCUUGACUUUAGAAGGGAUCCCCGAGCUAAUAGAUCCUGUCAAGCAGAACUAG